AUGGCCGAGUCCUCGCAUCUACCACCACCACUACCACCAAAGAAGUCUAACAAAAUUAGAGACAUUGUUAGGCUUCAACAGAUGCUUAAGAAGUGGAAGAAGACUGCAACCUCCAAGAACAACAACAACGACGACAAUGGUGGUGUCCCCAUUAAGACGACCACAACGAAAGGUCUUAACAAGUUCCUCAAGAAAACCCUAUCUUUUUCAGAUAUCAGCAGCAGUAGUACAGGUCAAGAAGAUGUGGUGCGAAAAGGAUACCUAGCUGUUUGGGUGGGGAGAGAUGAAGAUGCCAUGAAGAAGUUUGUAAUCCCUACAGAUUACUUAACACAUCAAGCUUUCAGUCUACUCUUAAGAGAUGCAGAAGAAGAGUUUGGAUUUCAGCAAGAGGGUAUCCUCAAGAUCCCCUGCGAUGUUCCUCUCUUUGAGAAUAUCUUGAAGACGAUGACAGACAACAAGAAAAACCAUCAACAGCAGCAAAGAUCUACCCUCAAAUCUUCAUCUUCAACAUCCUCAUUCUUCUUGUAUGAUGAUGAUCAGCAAGAGCAACAACAAACGGAACAGCUUAACUGCUGCACCUCUUCUGCUACUCCGCCACCUCAUCAUCAACGUCAUCGGAGCUCCACUUUCGAUUCCCAGCUGCUAAAGACACCUCCAACCACUCCAACUCACAACCUUCCAUUAUACUGUCGAUGA